CUGGGAAUGGCAAUAAGUAGGAUGAGGCGCUAACAAUGCAGGUGUUCGUUAGGGCAAAUACGAUUUAUAGUAACAAAGUAAACGCGGCGUUCCAGUUGACAGGGGCAACAACUCUCAGCGUCAAUAGGCGCAAAACUGAUGGCGGAUAUGCAGUUCCGCAAUUGCACUAUGGGUAAUUUGAGUUGUCAUGGGUUGAAAUUGGCUUCUAUACAAUGGCAGAGAAUCUUUGUGUGGCACAAUAUACAAGAUCUAGAGUGUUUUGCUUAUUUUCUCCUCCCCAUCACGGUUUUCAGAGAGCUGUAUUAGCUGAAUGAUGAGCUGCAAGUGUGCCAGUUUGACCUUAGUGGCGAACUUUCUCUAAUGUGGAUUGGUGAUGGAACUGGGAUUAUACUGGUUCUGACCACAUUUCGUGUACCCCUUUUUGUCAUGACCUAUACACAGUCAAAACUGUAUAGGAGCAAUGAUUAUGGGAAAACCUUCCAGGAUGUUACAUCUCUCAUCAACCAUACUUACAUUCAUUCUGAAUUUGGCAUGGCUAUUGGGCCUGACAACUCUGGCAAGGUAAUCUUGGUUGCUGAUGUAUCUGGUGGCAGCAAUGGCGGCCGUAUUUUCAGAUCCUCAGACUCUGCACAGACCUUUGUUCAAACAGAUCUUCUAUUUCAUCCACUGAUAUCUGUCUUAUACAGCCCAGAAAAUUCAAACUUCCUGUUGGUGCUUAGUGUUGAUUUUAACUUAUGGAUUUCAAAAGAUUUUGGAGAAACGUGGAAGGAAAUACAUCAUUCUGUGUGUUCUGCAAAGUGGGCAGCUGGGAGCACCAUUAUCUUUACCAUAGAUGGAAACAACUCCUGUAAAGCAGACUUCCGGUUGAUGACUUUGAAAAGAACCUCAGAUUUUGGGCAAACUUUCCAGGUGCUAAGAGACCGUGUCCAUUCCUUUGGACUGUGGGGACGUUUUCUGCUUGCUUCUGUAGUGGAGUUGGAUGGACUAAAUAGGAAAAUCCAUGUUUCUCAGAAUCAAGGGGAUAAAUGGAAUGUGGCUCAGCUUCCAUCUGUAACAUACGAACAGUUCUACUCUGUGUUAGCAGCUAAUGAUGACAUGGUGUUUAUCCAUGUGGAUGAUGAAGGAGACACUGGAUGUGGUACUAUAUACACAUCAGAUGACCGUGGUAUUUUAUAUUCGAAAUCAUUGGAGCGCCAUCUCUACACAACAACAUCAGGGGAGACUGAUUUCACCAACGUUACAUCCUUGCAUGGAGUCUUCAUCACCAGUGUGCUCUCUGAAGACAACUCUAUCCAUUCUGUGAUUUCCUUUGAUCAGGGGGGUGAAUGGAGUCCCCUGAGGAAGCCUGAAAACUCACAGUGUGACUCAACAGCUAAAGAUAAGGAGCAGUGCAGUCUACAUAUACAUGCUCAGUACAGCAUUUCCCAGAGGCUACCAGUGCCCAUGCCACCCUUGUCUGAACCUAAUGCUGUUGGGAUUGUCAUUGCUCAUGGUAGUGUGGGAGAUGCAGUAUCGGUUUCCCGCCCUGGGGUGUAUCUCUCUGAUGAUGGAGGGUACUCCUGGAGCAGAGUGCUAGAUGGACCUCACCAUUAUGCCAUUCUGGAUUCUGGAGGACUCAUUGUGGCUGUAGAACAAGCAGAUGAUACUGUCAACACAAUCAAGUUCUCCACAGAUGAGGGACAGUGCUGGUUCUAUUACAAAUUCACAAAUGAUUCUUUCAUAUUUACUGGCUUAGCAUCUGAGCCAGGUGCUCUUUCGCUGAAUGUGACCAUAUGGGGAUAUCAGCCGGGUGUUGUUCACCACAUCUGGAUGUCUUACACUAUUGAUUUUGCACAUAUUUUACACAAAGCCUGUGAAGAAAGGGAUUACAUUUUGUGGCUGGCACACUCAACUGAUCCGCAGGCACCAUCAGAUGGUUGUGUUUUGGGAUGCAAAGACCAGUAUUUUCGGCUACGCAAAUCUUCUGUUUGUCAGAAUGGGCGUGAUUAUACAGUGAGCAAAGUCCACUCCCCUUGUGCUUGCACCGUGGAUGACUACAUGUGUGAUUUUGGUUAUUACCGUAAUGAGAAUGAAUCGGAGUGUGUGGAGCAGGCUGAGCUGAAGGGACAUGAACUGGAUCUGUGUGUAUAUGGAGAAGAGGAGAAGCUUACCACUAGUGGUUAUCGAAAGAUUCCUGGAGACAAGUGUACUGGAGGAACGCAAUAUGAACGAAAAGAGAUAGACAUGAAGAAGAAGUGCUUGAAUGCAGAAAGUAUAAAGGUGCCCACUUCGAGUUUAGUACCGGUAAUCAUUUCCGUGGUUUUUGUUAUGCUUGUCGCAGUCAUCGCCGUUGUUCUGAUAAUUAAGAAACAUGUCUGUGGAGGAAGGUUCCUGGUACACAGGUAUUCUGUUUUGCGGCAGAACAUGGAUGCUCAGGGUGAUGAUCCAUUGGACACUGAUUUUGGACCGCCUCAUAGGGGAUCUGGUUUCCAUGAUGACUCAGAUGAGGAUCUUUUGGAGUGAGUGUUCAACCACAGGAUUUUGGAUAAAAAUAAUAUGGCAAUUUCCUGAUUUUAUAUGUAUAAUGGUGUAACCAUGUUGCUGCGAGAUAAGGCUCUGUGAGCUGAACACUGGACUGAAUCCAAAUUCUGAUUCUUCGUAUGAGACUGAAUGUUGAUUUAAAAGCUACCUUUAAAAUCAAACUCUGGUGAUGAUGCAGAUACAUUGGUACGGGUGUGGAGACAUAAUGACUAAAACUUUUAGCAGAUUUGUAGUUAAUAUUUAAGUUUCUACUUUGCAAUACUAAAUGAUUGGGUAAUUUCAUUCUGUGUUUAUGCCCUGCUUUCCCCACUCCCACAGAUCCAUAAACUCUACAAUCACUCCUAUUUAUAUGCAACAAGCAUUUCCAUCUAUGGUUGUGCCGGGUUAAGUAAUCUAAGUAGAGAGAGCUGCUAUAAUAAAUGUUUUAAUCUUCCA